GCGGUUAAACCCCCCCCCCCACCUCAGGUUUGGGGGGGGGUCGACGGUAGAUUAACUACCACCUUUCCCCCCCCCACCCCUACUUUCCCUCACACACACACACACACACACACACACAGACAGACACAGCCUCCAGGGGAGGGUUGAUUAUACCGCCGGCCGCCCAUGGGAGGGAAGCAGAGCACGGCGGCCCGCUCCCGGACCGCUUUCCCCGGCGUCUCGAGCGACGACAGCGCCGUCCACGCCGCUCACUACGGCCAUUACCGGGCGUCCGCUGCCGGCACCGCCGCUGGAGGAGGUGGUGGUGGUAGUCGUGGAGGAGGAGGAGGCCCCGCCAUGGGGCUCAGGACUCGCUCGGUUAGCAGCGUGGCCGCUAUGGAACCGGCUCAUCCUUUCGGGCUGUACGGCGGCAUCGGCAGGGCGACCGAUGGUGUGGAGCACAGUAACGGAGGAGGUGGAGGUCCCGACUCGGCCGGUAACGGUUACCGGGAGACGGGAGGAGGAGGAGGCCCGGGCGCCCGGGAACUGCAGCUCUACCUGGGCUCGAGAGCGGCCUCACUGUCCGACUCGUUGCCGCUUCACCUGGCGGCGCCACGCUGGUUCAACACACACAGCGGUUUCAAGUGCCCAAUUUGCUCAAAAUCUGUAGCUUCCGACGAGAUGGAGAUGCACUUUAUAAUGUGUCUCAGCAAGCCACGACUCUCCUAUAACGACGAUGUGCUGAGUAAAGAUGCUGGAGAAUGUGUAAUCUGUUUGGAAGAACUUCUGCAAGGAGACACAAUAGCUCGACUUCCUUGUCUUUGUAUCUACCAUAAAAGCUGUUUAGAUUCAUGGUUUGAAGUGAACAGAUCAUGUCCAGAACACCCUUCAGAUUGACCUCUCCUGGCUUGCAGCUGCUUAUGGCCUUCUGUUAAAGGGCACUUUGCUCACUUUGGAUAAACCCUUACUUGGAGGUUAAGAAUUUGAUACACUCGAAGUUUACCCUUGAACUGAAAUUCCAGCAACCAGUUUUGAACAAGAGAAACAAAAAGCACCAAAUGAAAUUUGGAUAAAGAAGGAAGUAUGGGUAGAUCGCCAGCUGGUAGAUCAAUCACAUCAGCCCAAGAAUAACAGAAUGACUAAUACUUUUUGAAAAGACUGUACAGAAAUAAAGAGGGAGAAAAGGACUGGCCAAACAGCACGAUUGCUUUUUGGGUUUAAGAAUGCCGUACAAAAGACUUGUCUCUGGGAUGUGACUUCAAGGUGGCAACCACUACAGGUUAUUAAAGGAAAGGAGAGUGGAAUUUCACGUGUGUUGACCAAGUUCUGAAAAUGCCAGAAUGUAAAGCAUUGAGUGUCCGUGGGCUUGUAGUUGUGUCCAUGAUGUGUUUACACAGUGUCCAGUGUAGCCAGCGUGUUCUUGCUGAUGUGUGUACAGACACGAGUACUCUCCUGGCUUUUUCCAUCCCACUUGUGACAGACGUUGCCAAAAAUUUAAAAAGGAACAGAACCCCCUCCUCUGUUGAAAGGAUCUGUUCCUUGUCGACAAUGUUCAGCCAGAAGCUCUCUCUGCACUAACGUUUAAACCUGGAAUCCUGUCUUCUUGAGCUGUUCAGCUCUGCUACAAAGUGACACAGGCAUCCUAAAGAGAUGGUUUAAAUCUCUUUUUUUUGUCCUCCUCUCAAGGCCCUUGUGGAUUUUUUAUGGCUGCAAUUUCCUCUAGAGACUAGUGAAUCUGUCCUGCUGUUAAAGAUACCAAUUUUACUUCAGCUUGUUGUGGAGCCUGAAUAUUCAGGCUGGUGUAUUUAUGACAGCUGGAGAAAGAUACUCCCUUUUGUUUGUCAAGGUGUUUUGAUAUGGUGUACCAUCACGAUGUUAAAUAAACUACUGAAUGAGCAUUUA